UCUCUCGCUAGCGCUGCACUGCAUGCACUGUAUUUAUCAGGAAAAGUCGCCCGGGAAAACCACUCUCGACGAGGUGGCAUUGGAGAAGAGCGUAUUGGGAGAGAUGUCUGUGAAGGUUAGGUACCUUGAUAGGAGGCUUCUGAAGAAUGUCCUUCAUCACACCGAGACGCACAACAGACUACAAGAAGAAGAAGAGAUGUGGGAGAAGAGAAAAGAAAGGAGAUCACAUGUACCAAGCAGCAGGUCACGAGGGCCAGUCCGGUAUGGGCAGAUGUACAGCGACUCUCCCAGAGAAAUAUAUGGUGGAAACAAUGUCAGCCGGGACAGAUGGAAUCAGCGUCGGUUGAAUCGAGGAGGUCGAUGGGGCAUGAACACUCAGAUGGAGAGAUGGAGUCACAACGGUUUUAUGGAGCUCUAUCCAGAAGAGAAUAUCAACAGAUCAUCCAUGGAUGAUACCAGUGAUGAGGGGACAGAGGUCAAAGGUCAUGACAGGAGAAGAAAGAAACAUUUUAAGAGAUCUGAACGAAGGCGGAAGCCGUCUCGGGAUGAGGAUGACGACGACGAAGAAAGCUCAGAAUCGGACGGUUCCAGCAGCUCUGAUGAUUCAGACAGUUCUUCAAGCGAAAGCAGCAGCAGUGAAGAAGCGACACACAGAGGAAGACGAUCCGACGCAAGGAAACCACGUAGGGACGACGAAAGAGAUCAUUCAAGAAGAAGAGGAGGAGGACGGAGCCGCAGGAGACCGAAGAGGAGGCGGAGACCGAGCGCUGAGAGGAGUAGAAGGCAUGAAAACGGUCAUCGCAAGAGCAGUAGGGAAAGGAGACAUUCAGGGAGAAGUGAAGGAAGGAACAGUGAAGAUGGGAAAUCCAAGAGGGACAGGAGUGGUGAUAGGCGCAGACGUAGAAGACGACGCAGGAGUCGUGAUCCAUCAAAAGACAGGCACCAUCGGAGGGAUGAUGAUGAUAGAGAAUCAAGAAGGAGAAAGGACAAGGAAAGGAGGAGCGAUAGAAAAGAUAAAAACAGAGACAGAAGGAGGAAGAGAAGAAGAAGUAGUAGAAGUGGGAGUAGGUGAUUGGACCAUUGUGAUGUACUAAUGUAAGUCUUGGUUGUGUUAACAUCAUACGGACAUGCCUAAAUGUUUUUUUUGCAUAUAUACAAUUGGGCUAUUCCACGGUUACUCACGUUACAUUUGGAGACACCUUGACUCAUACUUGGAGCUGUAACUCCAUUAUUAU